AUAAAUACGACCCAUGAUGGACGCUGUUCAUUGAAGGCAAAGGCUGAAUCUUGCAGAACAGCACCAUGAGCGAACUGAAAGAUUGCCCCCCUUUGAAAUACUACGACUUCAAACCUGUCGAGCACGUCAAGGUGUGCCCUCGCUACACCGCUGUGCUUGGCCGUUCAGAGGACGAUGGCAUCGGCAUCGAGGAGCUGGACACGCUGCAGCUGGAGCUGGAGACUCUGCUUUCCUCGGCUAGCCGCCGCCUCCGCGCGUUAGAGGAACAGAGACAGAUCCUCACAGAUUGGCAAGACAAGAAGGGAGAUAAGCGCUUCCUAAAGAUGGGGAAAGAUCCAGAUCCCUCAGCCUCAUCCCGUCACAAACCUAAGAAGCAGAAAUUAGAUGGCAAAGGUGGUCAUGGACUGGGACCUGGUCCUGGUCGACCCAAAACCAAAAACCUGCAGCCUAAAGUCCAAGAGUAUGAGUUUACAGAUGAUCCACAAGACAUUCCUCGCACUCCUAAAAAUGACGCUCCUAACAGAUUUUGGGCAUCAGUGGAGCCAUACUGUGCUGAUAUCACAAAUGAAGAGAUCAAAUUACUAGAGGACCUUCUAAAACCCCCGGAGGAUGAAGCCGAAUAUUACAAAAUUCCAGCAUUGGGAAAACACUACUCUCAGCGGUGGGCUCAGGAAGACCUGCUGGAGGAGCAGAGGGAAGGAGCACGUGCCAAUGACAAGAAGAAGAACCUCAUGGGAGGGCCUCUCUCCGAGCUGGAUGCAAAAGAUGUGGACUCUUUGCUGAAAAAGUCAGAGUCUCAACAUGAUUCCCCAGAAGAUGGCUGUCCCUUUGGCCCCCUCACACAGCGUCUGCUGCAGGCUCUUGUCGAGGAAAACAUUAUAUCCCCUAUGGAGGAUUCUCCUAUACCAGAUAUUUCGGGGAAGGAUGCCAACGACGGGGCUGGGACCUCUCCUCGAAGCCAGGGCAAAGCUUUUAGUGUUCCCCAUACACGGUCCCUAGAGGCACGAAUCAAGGAGGAGCUGGUAUCCCAGGGCCUGCUGGACUCAGAAGAGCGUCCCGGUGUGGGAGGAGAUUCUGAGGAUGAGGUUUUGGCAGAGCUCCAUAAAAGACAAGCAGAGCUCAAAGCUCUGAGCGCUCACAACAGAUCCCGCAAGCAAGAACUCCUCCGAUUGGCGAAAGAGGAGAUGCGGAAGCAAGAGCUGAGGCAGCGAGUCAGGGUGUCUGACAACGAGGUCAUGGAGGGGUUCCGGCGCAUCAUGGCAGCCAGGCAGAAGAAACGCACACCCACCAAAAAAGAGAAAGACCAGGCUUGGAAAGCACUAAAGGAGAGGGACAGCAUCCUCAAGUUAUUGGAUGGAUAGGGAAGGUGAUGAUUCAGGGAGUUCGUUUUCAGGUGAAAAACAAUGUGGGAAGAAUCCCUAUCCCCCCACACCCCACCCACGAUUAACAGUGUCAGCAGUUGUGUGGAUGUGAUCAUAGGCUUUUUCCAGUGGCACUGACCACAAUAUCCAUAUUUGCGUACAGUGAAACAUUUGUUUCUGGAAAGGGAAUGUGAAGUACCCACAGAAUGGAGGCCAGUUGGAAUAUUUUUGUAUAGUGUGUUUGAGUAGUUUUCAGAAUACUCCACACAUUAGUUCUACUGUUGUUGUUUACGCUUAUUCCCUCACUUUUUUUACAUUGCUUUUCAUUUUGUUAACCAGUGUUGCACCAUGAGAACAGUAACAGUUAAUGUUUGAAUAAAUCAGUAUCAUGAAAGACCGCUUUUACAUGGCUGCCAUUUGUUCACAAAUCCAAAUAGA